GGUUGAUGCCGUCUGUAAGGUUGUUGGGCCGAGCCAUUGUCAGUAAUUGAUGAUAGGCAAGUCUUAAGACGGAGGUCAUCUUAAACUGCCCUGGCCACCCUCUUACAGAUCUUAAACUGCAACCUUGGCCACCCUCUGAGAUGAGGUACAAGAACCCUCUCAGUGUCCUGGAGGACAUCUUUGUCCUCAGGGAUCAGUUAAAACUGGAAAAGGUGCAGACGCGUCUUCAUCAAAGCACUCUGAGUGCAGCCGAGAGAACCACCGUCUCCAGCAGGGCAAAGUCCUGCAAGAGAUCUGAUCUUUUUCCAAAGAUCAAAGAAGGUGGGAUUUUGCAAAACCAGAAGUCCAACAAACGAAUGGGCCUCGUCGAUUUUACAGCAAAGGAGACGACGAGAGACUAUGUUGCCCUUCAUGCACAAAUAGGCUACUUGGAUAUAAGAUUGGCACAGCAGAAAGUGGAAAUGAACAGGCUUGCAGAAGAGGCCCGUGAAGGCGAAGUGAGGGUUUCUCGAGAGAAGAAAAUCUUUGAAGAGAACAAAAUAGAAUUCCUGAAGUCCCUCGAGCAGAGCAAGAACGAUCGUUUACAGGCUGAGAAAGAAGCUCAAGAUGAGGAGUUAAAGAAACAGCACACAGAUGACCAGCUCAAAAUGAUGAAGACAGAGCAGGCCAAGACUGAAAACGACAUCUAUGAGCUUGAGGAGAAUCUGAAGCAGUGCGACAAUUUGAAAAAAUUCCUCUCCGUCAUGUCCCCUCCAGAGUGGGAGUCUGAAGCUGAGAAUCAUAAGCUCUUUGUAGAUGACCCUGAGAAGGUGACAGAAUUGUUGAUGUUCCUGGAAAGGGAUGUCGAAAGAGCUUACAAUGUUGCUGAGAAGGACACCACCGAGGAGCACAUGGACAACCAGAAAAAAUACAUGCAAAAGGAGAUGGACAGGUUCAUUCAAGAGACUGAGCACACCACUGAGGCAGUCGAGGAAGAGAAAAAACGAGUGGCCAACCUCAAACUGCAGAUCAAGUUCUACAGCUCUGAAAAGAAUAAGAGCAGAGAAAAGAAGCAGGAAAGAAUUGAUGAAAAGGUCAGGGAGGUGUUGGAGUGCAUCGGGACUGAGUGUAGUAACCUCAGCACACUCAACAGGCUAGCUCACCUGGAGAGUCACCUGAUUGAGCGCCUCGAAAAACAGGAAGAGCUGCCUGAAGGGACAUUCCUUAAAGCACAGAAGGCCUACAAGAAAGAAAAGGGAUUAAGGCAACAGGCAGAAAAACUGAUGGAGGUAGAAAAGAAACGGGAGGUAUGGCGCAAGAAAAUCUUGGAGAGAGCUCUGGCUGAGAUAAAGAGACCGACCGGUAAAAAAGAGAUGACCCGCAGCUACCUUCCAGUAAACAAGAAGAGAGCAGAGUUGCUUGAACCCCUACACAACAUGGGGGAGGAUGACAUCUUCUUUUGAACAUUCACCGCUUUCCUGCAGAUGAGCCAUGCAACAAAAAAUUAGCUGUGCAACACAACAAAGACUGUGCAAUAAAAAAAAUGUGCUGUGCAAAAUAAAAUGAAAUAUGUACUCUUGUUUUGCUUGGGAUGAAAUGCAGAAGAAAGUGCUGGAGAAAACUAAACCUGACAUCACUAGAGCUGUAAUUGUCAGAAUGAAUAGAAAACAGAAUUAGCACUACACACUGUCUGUUCUGCUCAUCAUCUUUAGACAUAACAAAUAGCAAGCAGUCAGCUAAUCAGGACUCACAAUAAAUCAUGUCCAAUAUUCCUUGUCAGUUUACACUCUGUUACAAAAUGAAAAGGAAAAACAGAAUGAAAAUACACCUGUAUUGGUUGGUUUAUGAAGUGAUUUUUUAUUCUGCUUCAGUUGUGUGCUUUUUGGUGCAAAAUUCCGCUUUAGGGGG